AUGAACUUGCCAUCAUGGGUUUAUGUUGUUUCUGGGUAUUCUUCGGUAAUAUCUUCUCUCAUCAUAUUCACUUGCAUAAAUUUACAUUUCCUCAAUUACCGUAAACCUUUCGAACAGAGGCUAAUGGUGAGGAUUCAAUUGAUAGUGCCUAUGUUUGCCUUGUCGUGCUACUGUAUGCUUGUCAACCCCCACUCGAUAUUCAAUAAGUACAUUUUGGAACCAAUACGAGAAAUUUACGAAGCUUUCGUCAUUUAUACAUUUUUCCUGUUGCUUACCCAAAUGCUUGGUGGUGAGAGGAGUAUCAUUAUCAGAACCAGUGGUAGAGAACCUGUUCUGCACCCUGGGCUCCUAAGAUACAUCUUGCCAGCUAUGGAUAUUUCUGAACCGACUACAUUCCUAAAUAUCAAGAGAGGUAUUCUUCAGUAUGUUUGGUUAAAGCCUAUAAUAUGCUUCAGCAUACUAUUCACUGAGGCAUUGGGAUACUAUAACGGUGAUGAUCUAGGCUGGACCUCGUUAAACCUUUGGUUGACUUUGUUGUAUAAUAUGAGUGUUUCUUUGAGUCUAUACUGUCUUGCAAUAUUUUGGAAGAUCUUGUGGACAGACUUGAAACCCUUUAACCCUGUAGGGAAGUUUUUAUGUGUCAAAUUAAUUAUUUUUGCCUCCUACUGGCAAGGUGUGAUACUAAUGAUUGUCAAUUUUAUGGGAUGGUUACCGCCUGUAAGUCCUGGAGACGGGAAAAGUAGAGAUGACAAUGGCCAGGGAGCUGCAGAUUUGGGACCAGGUAUCCAAAACGCAUUGCUUUGUGUUGAACUAAUUCUAUUCUCCAUUGGCCACUGGUACUCAUUCUCCUACAAGCCUUUCACGAUUUCACAUAUACCGAAUGGAAGACUUCAAUUCAUAUACGCAGUGAAGGAUACUUUUGGAAUUAAUGAUUUGAUCCACGACUUCCAAUUGACCUUUUAUGGUGACUACUAUAAAGACUACCAACAGUUUGACUCUGUCGAGGCGCUUAUUUCCCAUCCGGAAUCAAGGGGUAGAAUGAGCAGAAUUAACCAAGGUUUGAGAUACCAUAGCGACGGAACUCAAAAACACUGGCUACCAAGCAACCAACCCAACUCAAAUAAUGUUUAUGUGGGUGUCAACGGGGUGGGAAAUUCAUCAACAAAUAAGCAUAAAAUUCAGUCUACCUCAGAGAACCAGGCAUUGCCCUCUGAGAAUAACAAUAGCAUUAAUAAUUCAGCGCCAUCGGUUCGAUCCAUGGCGACUACUGGAACUUCAAUUCGUGGCAUGUAUCUGCCUUCAAUACCACCAUCCAUCUCUCCAAGUACUGGAUCUCCGUCAUUGUUACCACAGCAAUCUUCAACUCUUUCAAUGACUGAGAUUCUUAACCAUGAUUCCUCAGUGAUGUACGACGAUGAGUAUCUUGAUGAAGAUGAGCUCUAUUACUCUCAGGCAACUUCCGUGAUCAAUAACUAUAAUUUGGAUCAGAUUGAAGUGAAAAGGCUCUUAAAUUAUCCAAUCGUUGACGAAGUCAUCGUUGGUCAUGAAUUUGGCCACAAAGUAAAAAAAUUAAGAGCGGAAAGAGAGAGAUUGGUUUCCGCUAGAAACUACGGAACAGUCGAUGACGAUGUUUGA